AAAACCACACUAUUGAAAUGUUUGGCUUAUCUUAUUCCUUAUACUCAUGGAGAAUGUACUUUGGAUGAUAACAAUACUGUUGCUUCACUUGGUGUGCCGAUUUGGAGAACGCGUGUCAUGUAUGUGCCUCAAACCCCUGUUGAUCAUCCUGGGACUCCAAAUGAUCUCUUUCAAAAGGUUUGUUCCUUUUCAAGUCUUAAAAAAAGAUCGGAUUUUGAUGAUCCCAUUGAAAUAGCAAGACAAUGGGAUUUAUCUGAUGACCAUUUUGCAGAAAACUGGAGUAAUUUGUCUGGUGGGGAAAUGCAACGAUGUACACUGGCCAUUGCUUUGGCAUUGAAUCCGGAUAUUUUAUUAUUAGAUGAACCGACAUCUGCUCUUGAUACCGAUACCAUUGCCAAGGUGGAGGAAACAUUGAAAACAAGAACCUGCAUAUGGAUUACUCAUGAUCCUGGACAACAACAACGUGUCGGUACAAGCACCCUU